AUGAAGUUCUCUAUCGUUGCUAUGAUGGCCGCUGGUGCCUUCGCUGCGCCUAUUGUCGAACGCCAGGUGCCCAGCCCAACCGCGGGUGUACCUGGGUUCCCUACUGGCGCCCCACCGGUUCCCCCUCGCCCUACUGGCCCAUUGCCCAGCUUCCCGGGUGGACCCCGUCCUACUGGCUUCCCGAGUGGUGUACCCUUCCCCACUGGCGGCUUCCCUGGUGGACCUCGACCCACUGGUCCAUUCCCUGGCUUCCCUAGUGGUGCACCCAUUCCAACCGGUGGCUUCCCUGGUGGACCUCGCCCCACUGGCCCAUUCCCUGGCUUCCCGAGUGGCGCACCUGUCCCCACUGGUGGAUUCCCGGGUGGACCUCCUAGCGGCGUCCCCGGCUUUCCUGUCCCAACGCGUAGUCCCCCCAGCUUCCCUGUCCCAAGCGGCGUACCAGGCGUACCCUCAGGACUCCCGGGUUUCCCCCCUGUUGGUCCUAGGCCAACCGGCUUGCCUGUCGCUCCUCCCGCAUGAGCAUGUCGCUACUCGGAGACGCAUGGGACCAUAUCCGAAAUGGAUGUUGAGGCUCAUUCGUAAGAGAGUGACUUCUGUUGAUAUUUGUAUAUACCGGAACUCGUAUAUAUCCGAAAAUUACCAAACACAAUCGUUGAACCAC